GUCGUUGGUGGAAAGCUGUAGAAAGCGUUCCAUUAUUUUUAUUGCCUAAAAUAAUAUUUGGUACAUUACACUGUCGCCAAGACUGUCGCUCUUUCUCGCGGAAUAACAAAAAUCGUCGAUUGAAGAAAAUGGAGGAACUAAGAAGGAAAUUGGAUGCAGAGUCAUACGGGAAGCUGAAGGCAAACAAAUUCACCGACGAGUCAUUACACUACAUCACUGAUGAUUACUUGACCAAAAUCGGAAUCAGCGAAAUGGGACCGCGCCUAAUUAUCUUCUCAACGAUAAAAAAACUUUUGCAAACACCAGAUGAUAAUACAUCACUAUCCGUAUCCGUACCAUCAACAUCCGGAGCGGGAUCAUCGGUGAGCGAAACAGGGCCCGAGGCAGGACCAUCAACUGUUGAUGCAGGGCCAUCGACAAGCAAAGCAGGUUCAUCUAGAGUGGGAACUUCUACUUGUACACUUCCUGUGAUGACUUCCAAUAAGAUGCGAGAAAUUCUUGAAAACAAUAACAAAUUUCGACGUGUGCUGUAUUCUAAACUAGAUGCAAAUAUUGUACCUUCACACAAAGAACUUCUUAUGAUGGUUCGAAUAUUAUGUAAAAGUACAGUGGAAAGACUAAUCAAUCAUAAAGAGUAUCCCAAAUUUGACGAAAAGAAAGAACUGGCUAUCGGAAUCAUCGACACGUUCCCCAUACUACAGAAGACAAAAGUUGCAGAAAAUGCACCAGAUUACUCCUAUUUCUUCUGGAAAAAUGGAGGAAAGCAACCAGGAACGGAACACACCGGCUUAAUUCAGUCGCACAUUAGAAACGCCUACAAAAAUAUCUUGCCAGAGGACAAAAAAUUUGUCCACCAACGAAAACCGAACACAAUCAUCAAAGUUCCACCCGAAAUUAUUGAAAAAGCUCAAGCUAUUGGCUGUGUUGACCCAGUGCCAGUAAACUUCCACGCAAUCAUGAAAGAUAUGGCUGAGACACAUGACCUUCUCUUAAUGCUUUUGCGUCAGAAAAAGAGAGUGCAAGACAUCCUUUCUAUUUUCCCCCAUUUCAAAGCAUUUAAUGGUGUUGUGAUUCAAAAAGCGUACGAACGAAUGAAUCCAAAUUACAACAAAGCGUCGCACAUGAAACAAUUUUUGUCCAGGGGGCUGAUGCUGGAGGAUGAAAAUUUUAACGGUGUUCACGAUGAUCAUCUUCGUGGUUGUCUGCGCAUUUUCCUUGUUCUAGGAAAAAGGGGAACCAGCAAAAUUAUUGGACUUGAUUCACUGCCAGUAGAAGAACAAUUAGCAGCUCCUCUGGUCCGAUGGAUACCGAAACAUGAAACUUCGCUAGCUGAACAAUUAUCCAAGUAUGUUGGAAUUAACCUCAUACAGAAAGUACAGCCUCACAUUAUCACCGACAACGACCAUUAUUACAUUUAUCUCCAAGGCGAAAUCCUGGAUUGCGGAAAAUCGUCGCUCCAGGCAAUUGAUGUGUUUUUUAAGAGUUUCUGUGUUUUCGGAGUGCCGGUUCCAUCGACAGUUAGGAAGGUUAUCGAUUUUUUUGAAGUAGUUGCCUACAAGAUUAAAAGCAGUGGAAGUACACAAGGUGUGAAUCACCUUGUUUCGAAAUUUUCCGAAUCCCUAUCAGCUGAAAUUAGUGAUGCCGAGUCUAACUAAAACAUAUUCGAAAUAUUGACUUAUAGAAUGAUUCAUUGUUUUUACAUGACUAUAUGUAUCA